UUUAGGGCUGUUGCACCUUUGACGAGGACUCUUCAGUAUCGAUCCGAGAGAGAUCUGGCCCAUGUUGACCUGUGUGCCCGGAGCAUCCGUUGUCUAUCGUUUGAGAGCUUUUUGAUUAGUCACUGUCUGGACCUGAAUAUGAAACAACAUGGCUUCAGAUAGCAUCCGCUUCAUCCUUGACCAAGCCGAGGCCUAUCCUGUUGUUGCAGCUGUGGUGUCGGCGACGAUCAUUGCGACCUUGACAAUGUCACCAGGUCGACUGCUGGGAUAUGCCCAGACCAAGUACUAUCAUUCUCCAGAGACGCUUCAGGUGCGGACCAAGUCGGGCUCUUCGACCUCGUUUGCCGACUUUUGCAAGUCAGUCGUGCCACAGUGUCGGCUGAGUCCUUUUCUAUUCAAUGGACAUCUUCAAACCAUCUGGACAGUGCUCAAAGGCGACGAUAUCCCAAUCUUCUACAAGCGGAAGAUAUUUGAGAACGAGGAUCCGACGUACACGGGGCAAUUCACCGUCGACUUUGUCACAGCACCCAAUUCUUUGUCAGAUCCAGAGCUGCCUCCUCGAACCAGCUACUUCACGGACGAUGAGUUCGACCAGAUUGGCUCUCUGGAUCGCCGUCCAAUGCUAGUUAUGCUGCACGGACUGAAGGGUGGUUCUCACGAGAUCUAUAUUCGACACGUGCUGCAGCCUCUGGUCGGUGCUGGCGGAUGGGAGGCGUGUGUGGUUAAUUCUAGAGGUUGUUCGAACAGCAAGAUCACCACUAGUAUUCUUUAUAAUGCCAGAGCUACAUGGGAUAUCCGGCAGACAGUGAAAUGGUUGAAGAAGACAUAUCCAAACCGACCAUUGUUUGGCAUUGGAUUCUCACUCGGCGCGAACAUUCUGACCAAUUAUAUUGCCGAAGAAGGCGACAAUUGUGUCUUCAAAGCAGCUUUCAUCAUGUCGAGUCCCUGGGAUCUCCAUGCCGGUAAUCUGGCUCUACAGCGAACAUGGUUCAGGAGAAAUGUGUAUUCUAAACAGCUGGGCAAAAGCAUGAGGGCUCUUUUUGAGCUUCAUGUCGAUCAAGUCUCUAAGAAUCCCAAAAUCAAUGUCGAUCUGAUCAGGAGUUGUGAACAUCUCUACGAGUUUGACCGGUAUGUGCAAGGCCCAACUUGGGGCUAUCCCACAGAAGGAGCCUAUUACCGAGACGCGUCGUCGCUUGAUACCGCCCUGGCCAUUAAGAUCCCCUUUAUGGCCUUGCAUGCGGAGGACGAUCCGGUCACGGCCUCUGAAGCACUUCCUCGAGAGGAGGUCGCUGUGACGCCGUAUGGGGUCCUGUGUACCACGGCAACAGGAGGUCACCUGGGCUGGUUUGAACUGGGUGGUGGGAGGUGGUUUGCCAAAGUGACAACGGCAUAUUUCCAAAGGCUCGCCAAUGACAUCGAUCUCGAGUCCUUUACCACGCCUGCGGGCUUCGAGAGGCUUGAUGUCCAGGGCGUAAUAUCUCGUGAAGGGCGGAAGCCGUUGAAGCCAGUCUUUGAACCCCUGCGACGAAAGAUGGGUGUUCCGACUUGAGUAGGACGCAACAUCCUUGGGCAAGACUUGUAGUUGUCGUUGAUUUUGGACAACCACCUGCAGCAGAUAGAGAACGUCGAGAGAUAGAGCAUGAAACUCAAACAAACGACACUCUUUUCUUGCUCUUUGACUUUGACUUCUCUCCUCUCUCCUCUUGGGCUGCAGCGGCUUUCUGCACGUCACCGGUCCGAUCGCCUUUGGGCUUUUUACCCUUUUUCACUUCCUUCAUCUUUCCCUCGAGAAUCUCUCUCUUGCCUUGACUCCUCUUCUCAGCUUCGAUUCUUCGAGCCUCCCGGAUUUCUUCCAACUUUCUUUCUCUCAUCAUUUUACUCUCAAUCUGACCCUCCUUCUGAGCAUUGACCAAUGCUAGGAUUGUCAUCAUACUCUCAUGAUCAUCGACAAAGACCUUGCCCUUCUUCUUUCCCCGGGCAGGUUUGGUGACGCCGGCGGGAGUAAUCAUAUUGAGUUUUGGCAGAUCGAGUUCUUUGUCGGUGUAGACGCGUUGUUUCUUCUUCUUUGUGUUGGAGAGUGCCGAUGAGGAUAGAGUAGCCGAGGCAGGUUUUGUUUUGACUUGUUUGGUCGGACGGUGAACUGGCUUGGACUUUGACGAGGAGGAGGACGACGGUCUGGAAGAUUUGGAGGAAGUAGUAGAGGAUUUGCGCGAAGUAGGAAGUUUUGAUUUGCCCUUUGUGGGCGGUUUGGGCGCCAUUGCAGUGUCUCUG